AGAAUCUGAAAAGCAUCACAGGAGCCUCUGGAUAAAGAGCAGCUUCAGGAGCAAGGCUAGGAGACAGAGGAUUUCUGCUCAGUGAUAAAACAUGAAACAGCUGUGAGGAAGCAGUAUGGAGCUCAAGAGAGGAAAGACCUUCAUAAAAUCCAGUGUGCAACAUGAGAAGGUGCCACCAGUGCAUGCAGCUCCUACCAACAAAGAUGAGAUGGGCAAAGACAAAAAGACAGCUCUGGAAGGAAACCAAAGUGUGGCCGAAGUCCAGCUGGCAUGUUUGGCCACACACAAGAACUACAGAUUUUCUACCAGAGCAGCAAGGAGUGGAGCUGGUGGUCACAACCUGGAAAAAUCAUCUGGCUCCUCCUACAAGCUUGUAAGGAAGAGUAAAACCCAUGACUGCGUUGCUGAGGCAGACAAAACAGAGAGCUGCAGCCCCAGCAGCAGGGCUUGUGAGGAGGGUUUUGUUGGAAAGGGCAAGGCCCGACUUGUCAAUAGCAUCAGCUUUUCAGGGAUGUCCAGCUCCAGCAGUAAGAAGGAGUGUGUGGUCAGCCCCAGCCAGUCUGCCUGCAGCAGUCAGAUGAUUGAUUACAGGAACUUCGUGCCGCAGAUGCCUUUUGUACCAGCUGUCGCAAAAACCAUUCCCAGGAAGAGGAUUUCCCUCAAGAGAUCUAAGAAAGGGCUCAGAGAUAUAUUUCAUAUUAGAAAAAAUAAACCAGACAGCCUCUCAUUUCUGGUGGAGAAGGACAAGAACCUGUCCUCUCCAGGCUGCAAGAAUGAGUUAUCUGGACGUCUUGCAAAGUAUCUUUUCAAAACUGGAGAAGCUUGUGCAGCUGAUUGCUUGGCACAGGACUGCUCAGACAGUGAACUGCAGUCUGACUCCUCCUACGACUACUGCAAUGCCCUGUGUGAAGAUGUUGCCUCCCUGAAGAGCUUUGACUCUCUCACUGGCUGUGGGGAAAUCUUUGCUGAUGAGAGCUCUGCUCACCUGGAGCUGGAGAGCAGCAAAGACCUCCUGCUGAGGCGAAGCAAGCACAAAGACAGCCCUGGCAUGGGCUCCUUCCAAGGUGGGGUGGAGCAGCUGGCCUCUCCUGGCCAGAAUGAGACAGUGGAAUUUACAAAGUUUUGGGACAACAUCAACAAAUCAGUAAGGCUGCAUCAGAGUGCCCUGUUUGAAAAGAAGUUACUGAAGAUACCUGUUUCUGACACAGAAAAGGACAGAGGUCAGGCUGCUGUACUGGUCACAGACCCCCAAGUGUCACCUGAUAAAGAGGGUGACAAUUCCAAAGCCAGCUCCACAGAAACAGAAACACCAAAAAGUGAAAACCAGGAGUCCACAUCCACGAGUGAUGAAGGCUACUAUGAUUCAUUCUCUCCAGGACAAGAGGAUGAACUGAAGGAAGCUCAGACCCCUGGUGUCCCAGGUAGAUUUCCAAGAGACAGCUACAGUGGAGAUGCCCUUUAUGAGCUCUUCUAUGACCCAAAUGAAGUCAAAGUAAACCCUAUCCUUGAUGAUGACUUGUGUGCCUCUGAAAGUGUUUCAGAGCAAGCCAUUGAAAUCCCUUUGUCCAUUUACAGCUUUCAUGUUGGAGCUGAGGAGAACAUGGCUUCCCAACCAACUCUAGACAUCAUUAGCCAGGGUUUUUUCCACAGCACAUGGAAAGGCAAAGAAUGUUUGCUAAAGCUCUGUGAUACUGAGCUUUCACUGACCAUGGGCAUAAUAAACUGGCUACGAAAACACUCGGGACUCAUCUCCUCCCCUGACUCUCUUCAGAGUCCUCAAUCACAGCCAGAAAAAUCUAAUGAUUCAUUGAUCCCACCAAGUCACGGCCCAGAGCAGAAAGGGAGCACAGAAGCUCAGCAGGAGACACCAGGCAAGGGUGAAUCUAAUACAAUUAACCUAUGUGUGCCUUUGGAGGAAAGCAAACAUGAAACCCAGGCCUUUUCAGCAAACAUUGCUGGAGGAGACCACAGCCUGGACUCCUGCCUGAACACAUCUGAUCUGGAUUUCCAAGGAAGAGAAGGGAGUCACCACAAGGACUUAUCUGCAGUGCCUGGGACUGUGGAAACGACCAGAUCAUCAAAUUAUGCACCACAAUCACAGGCUAACAGAGACAAUCUGCAGACAUCUUCAACUGAAAAUGAGAAGGUAGCAAUUUCCCUGGGAUGUGAGACAUCCAGAGAUAAAAACCCACUGCCAGAAAAGCUUAACAGAGAGAGUGGCUCCCAGAGCUCUGAAAAUCCUUCAUUAGAUGAUACUCACGAAGUAGAAUCAUGUUACUCCUACAAGACUGCUGCGACCUCACUCCGAGAUCCCCUUGAGAGGGAAGACAGAAAUAAACCAAUGUAUCACUCCCUCUCUAUUUCCUGUGACAAACCACUGCAGCCUCUAGCCCUCAAUCACUUCCAGAGCUACAUGAGCCCCACACCAACAGAGAGCAGCACUAACAUAGUGCAGCUCUUAGAGCGCUGUGUAACACAGGUGGCAUCAUUAAAAAUCAGCUAUGAAAAUAAGCACCUGGAAGACAAAUACAUCGGGAAUGAAAUGAACAGUGUCAUUCAUAAGAUGUCUCAGUACAAAAACAAGUUAUUGUUGCACAAUGAAUGCAGCUGCAUCGCUCAAAUUCCAGAAUAUCCCAGUAUUCCUAGCACAAACCAAUACAACUAUGACACAAGUUUCCAAUCUAGCAGUCCUUAUCAUCUGAAGCAAAAUGGGGAGCAAAUUUGCUCUGAAGAUCAGAAAAGUAGAGCAAAAAUCCUAGAUGAGGUUACUCAAAGCAAGAUCAAUUUUGAAUAUGCCCAGCUGAAUAAUCAAGCACUCUCCUAUUUAAAGGACUUUGGUCUCAGCCCAAGUGACUCUGGCCCUGAGACAUCUCUUAGUAGACCAACAUUUUUACCUCUCUUUAGCUCUGUCUGCCCAGACAUAGCUGAUACCUUCUCACAGGGCUCACACAGCACGGCUGUCUGUCUGUCUGACCCACUGCAGCCUGAGGAGGCCAAGCAGUGCAGCCCAGGGCCCUGGAACUGUGCAGAGAGCCCCUGCCAUGGCCUGGCUGCAGGGACUGCUCUGUCCCCUCUCCUAGAGGCAGUGGCCCAGGAUACAGCGGUGACAGCCAGGAACCACCAGUGACACACCUGCCACAUGGAGAAGGUGCAACACUGAAGAAUCUGUUUGUAGAUAUGGAUGUACCCCCAACACAGCAUAGCAUGGCAGUUCCGUGGCACUAUACCAAGACCAAAAUCACAAGGAUUUCCCUCUGGAGAUCUCAUCAGAAGUGUUGCAGCAGAAAAUCAUGCCAGUCUGUUAGAAUGACAGGCACAGUUAGGAGUUCUGGACAACCACACGCCCCUGAAGCCAUAGCUGCAGAUGGCUGGUAACUAAUACCCUUUUUUAAAAACAAAACCAAACCCAAGUUCAGUAGGAUUUUGAAAAAAAUUCAUGCCAUGAUGAGGUUUAAGAAAAAAAUGAUUGCAUAUUUCUGUCAUAUCGUGCCACACAACAAUUGAAAAUAUCGCUGUAUUUUUUAAGUACAGGUAUGUGCAGAUUAAGCUUUCAUUUGGGAAGCUGUUGUGAAGAGGUAAAAUAAUUUUCUGUUGUACUAAUUUUUCUUUAAUUUUAGAGAAAAGCUUUAUAUAUUUUAUGGCAACCAAGCCACAAGGUUCUAGACUGCAGAUUACACUGGUAUGGCAAGAUACUGCCUAGGAAGAGGUAUUUUUUAAACAAACAAUAAUGUCAGGAAGUGGAAUAUAGUAUGCCCCAUAUUGUCCAAAACCAUGUGUUUAUCAUAGCAGAAAUUGUGAGUAAAAGAACAAGUUGUGUGUGAAAAUCACCAUCAAAAAGAUAAAUUGAUUCCAUUUUAAAUAAACAAAACCAUGUUUUUAAUAUCCAUAGUAACAGCUGCACUUAACCUUACAUGAAGUCUUCCUUCUCUAAUUGAAAAGCUGUUCUCAAAGUACUUGAUAAGAUAUGCUGUUAACCCAGUUUUCAUUUUUUUUGGUGGCAUUCUUGGAGGUAGUUUAACAGUCACUUUCAUACCUCAGUUCGAACCUGGUCUUGCCUGUCUUAUAUUUUGAGAAUAAAUUGAAAAAAACCCCUAUGCUUUGUAGAUGAAACCUAUGAUGAUUAAAUGGUCCCCCGUGGCCAUGGUGUGUUUAUAGAAAUCUUUACAACCUCCUCGUCAGUAUCCUGCUGUGGGCAGUAUUUAGGGACAGUAUCUUUGCCCUGAGAUUUGUUGUCAUGGGGAAAAGUGGAAGAAGGCCAUGAGGCUGGGAACUGCAGCAAGGGAAAACUACCUUAGAUUAGAUGCCUGAAUUUUGAUGUCAAAAGUUAAUUUCUGCCUUUGAUCAUUAAUAAUGUAAAGAAUAUAUAACCACAGUAUUUAAGAGAUGUCUGCAUUUUGUAGAAUCUGGGUUUUAAAACCCCUGAUAUAGCAGGACUAUGAAGCUAUAAAGUGAAAUCACAUCCCCUAGCUAUGGAGCUUUCUCAGUAUUAUUUGACACUUACGAAGAGGUGAGCUUCCCCCUCCAACACUCCAAGUCUGCCAGCACAAAUCAACUUUGAGACUGCACUCAUUUUACAACAAGUAUCUCCUGAAAAUAUAGAUUGUAAGGGUUUUUCAUGGCACACAACAGUAUUUCUGAAAACUGCUUUGAAGUUGUCAUUUAACCUACAAAAGCCUGAAGCGCCAAGGAGUUGUCAUACAGGCAUUUUCCCCUAAAAUACUAAGUGACACAUUAGAAUUGAGCUAACCAAAUAAUAAUAAACAUAGGGCUUAAUAUUCCAGCAACAGACAGUCUGUACAAAAACUAGCUGUUCCUCACACAAGUGAUCCCUUUCCUUUUGCAAUUACCACAGUAGCCUCCUUCAGCUCACCAGAAUCUCUUGUAAUGAAGAGCCCAGAAGCUCAAGGACCAGAGGCAGAAUUUCUCCUCCUUCCUGCACACUGCAUGUCUCUUCCCUGGAUUUCAGGUUGAGUAACCAACUUCAUGGAGGAAAACAAAGGCAACAGAAAGAAAAAAGUCAUCUUUCUCCCACAAAGCCAAGGAGAGAGUAUUUCAGAGGAGACUAUUAUUUUUCCUACCCUGUGGGUACAGAGCAACAAGUGAUUUGUCUAACUUUAUUUCCCUCCAGGUGUCUAGGUCCAGCAUUGACAUAAACAGCCUGUCCAGGUCCCUCUGGAUGGCAUCCCUUCCCUCCAGCAUGUUGACUGUUCCUCAUACCUUGGUGUCACUGGCAAACUUGCUGAGAUGUGCUUGGUCCCACUGUCCAUGUUAAACAGGGCCAGUCCCAAAGCCAACCCUGGAGGAAUGUCACUUGUUACUCUCCAACUGGACAUCAAGCUGUUGACCACCACACUUUUAGUGCGACCAUCCAGCUACUUCCUUACCCACUGAGUGGUCCUUCUACUUUCCAAUUAAAAGCCAAGGAUGUCAAGUGGGACAGUGUCAAAUGCUCUGCACAGGUUCAUGGAGGUGUUACUUUCCCUCCCCUUGUCUACUAGUGCUGUAACACCACCAAAUUUCACAGAAUCACUGGGUUGGAAGAGACCUUCAAGAUCAUUGAGUCCAACCCAGCCCCAACACCUAAACUAAACCCUGGCACCCAGUGCCACAUCCAGGCUUUGUUAAACACACCCAGGGAUGGUGACUCCACCAUCUCCCCGGGCAGACCAUUCCAGAACUUUAUCACUCUUCAGUGAAAAACUUUUUCCUAAUAUCCAACCUGUAUUUCCCUUUGUCAGGCAUGAUUUGCCCUCAGUCAAGUCAUGCUGGCUGUCCCAAUCACUUCCAAUGUUUGCCAUGUGCCUUAGCACAGUUUCCACAAUGAUCUGUGCCAUGACAUUGCUGGGCACAGAGGCGAGAUUGACUGCUCUGUAGUUCUCUGGGUUUCCCUUUUUUCCAUUUUUAAGGAUGGGUGUUAUGUUUCCCCUUUUAGUCACUGGGAACUUCACUGGACUGCUGUGACUUCUCAAAUAUGAUUGAUAGUGGCUCAUCCACUUCUUCCACUACUUCCCUUAGGACCUGCAAAUGAAUCUCGUCAGGUUCCAUGGACCUUUGCACCUUCAGGUGGCUUAGAUGUUCUUGUACCUGAUCUCCUCCUACAGCUCACAGCUCUUCAUUUUCCCAGUCCCUGCAUUUGCUUUCUGUGACUCAGCUGGUGUGGCUGGAGCACUUGUUGGUGAAAACCAAUGAAAAAAAUCUGAGAAACUCAGCCUUCUCUGCAUCCUGAAUAACCAGGUUUAAUGUUUCCUUCCAGGCAGGGCUCAUCAGUUCCUUAAUCUUUCUUUUGUCACUGACAUACCUCUGAAGGCUAUUCUCGGUGCCCUUGCUGUCUUUGACCAGGUUUAAUUCUAUCAGCUCUCCUCACCUAAUCCCUGUCUGUUUGGACAGUGCUGGUGAGGACAAUUCCUGUGUAUUCCUACCAGACUUCCAUCCUCACUGACUUAUUUUUUGUGUUUGUUCAGGAGCUUCUUGUUCAUCUGUGCAGGCUUCCUGGCCUUUUUACCUCAUUUCCUCUUUUUUGGGAUGCCUUUCUCCUGAGUUUGGAGGAGCUGAUCCUUGAGUAUCAACCAGCUUUCUUGGACCCAACUUCUCUCCAGGGCUUUACCUCAUGGUAUCCUACCAAGCAGAUCCCUCCUUAAGAGGCCAAAAUCUGCUCUCCAGAAGUCCAGGGUAGUGAUCUUGCUGUGCAGCCUCCUCACACUUGCACCCUGACACUUUAAGGUCCUGGGUUCAAUCCAUGCUGCCAAAAAGAACAACUGUGGAUCUGCAUUACACACCAUGGAAAAAAUGCUUGUGGCUAGUCUGUUCUAGUUCUCCCUGUGGUGCUGCAUGGCUGCUGAUGCAAUGUUGGGGAAAGCUCAAAAAUCUUUGGGGCUUAAUCAAUCUCCAUUUAAAGAACCAAGAGAAAAUUUCACUCCUCGAGGUCAUAUUAAAUAAGGUGUUUACUAUGAUUGUCUGUACAUGAGUUUAAAGGAGAAUCUUUAAAUUAAACUUGUUAUAAUACCCAAGCAGCAUCUCUUUAACAAAUGAAGACAGGCUGGUGAAAUUAAUGAGAAUUUUAAAGAUUCACUGCAUGUAAGUAUUCAAUUAGUCAUGUGGUAUGUAGCUGUGAGAGCAGCUUUCUUCAGCCUGCAUUCAGCCUAACAUACCAUCAUUCCUCUUUGGUGUUAGAUGGAUUUUUUUAACUUUUCAAUGGAUGCAACAGAAAAUUAAGAUAAAAUAUGAAAACUUUUGCAGAUUUUUGUGGGUACAAAACUUCAAAGCAGCUUGUAUGAAACUGUUCACCUACUUCCUGUCCUGUUUUUGCCAGACUGGAAGCGGUGACCAGUUGUGUCCAGACAAAGAUCAGAAUAAUAAUUAAAAGAACAAUACCUUUAUGCUGAAGACAACCUCCAAAAAGGAAAAAAGAAAGAGGAAAAAAAGGGGUUUCCCUCUCCCCUCAUCUUAUGGUUUAUUAAAGUGUCAAAAAAUUGUUCUGGCAAAAUGAUUUAAAAUAAAAUUGUAUUCUUCUCAAGACAUCAGUUCUUGACAUUCCUUCUUUUAAUACAGAAUUCAUUGGAAUUCCCAGCACAAAGACCAAGUACCUGAGUACCCUUAACAAACCCACAUGCACUGCUAUGAGUGGAGAGAGCAUUCACCCCUUUAAAAAACUGCAGUGCAAAUAACCUCAUACUAGUAAAAAUGUCUGAAAAAAAAUGUAGGAAGAAAUACCAGACCCACAUAAAUUGUCAGGUAAGUGCUCUUCCAAAAGCAAAGUAUUAAAACAGCAGUCAGGCAUCCCAGUCAGAUGUAAGAGAUGGGAACUUAGGCACAAGCCGCAGAGCAAUACUUUGCUUCACUCACAAUAUUCCAUUGUUCUCAGUAAGUUGGAGCAUUUGGAAAUGCUGGCAUUUUACAGCAGAUGCACAGGACACACAAUAAAGCUGCAGGUAAAAUGAGGAAUAUUUAAGAGAGAACAAGGCUGAAAACAAUAUUCUGACGUCUACUUAAGGAAAAGUAUAAAACUUCUUGAUUGACAAUGUAUAUGCAUAGUACAUAUAUAUAUAUUAUAAUAAUAAGUGUGUAUACACACACUUAAAAAAAGGAUUUGUGCAAACUCAAGUUCAAGAAUAGGGAAGAAAUCUCAAGCAGGUACCUUUUGAAAAUCUGAGUAGCAGAUUAAGAAAAUUUCAGUACAAACAUGGUUUAUUAUGUAACUAAGAUACAUGCAUUUAUAUGCUGUUUAACCUAUUUUGUUAACUAUUUUUCAUAUAUGUCAUAUCUAAUGUACAUAUGCUUUAUGUAUUAUAUUUUAGU